CAAUCUUCUUCUUCUUCCAUUUUCCCCCAAAUACUUAUCCUUACUUUUUCUUUUUACUAAAUGGGUUGUCAAGGUAGCAAGGAGAAGAACAAACCUACGCCUGAUUUUACUGCCCGCCACCAUGGAUCAUCCGCUACUGCUGCUUCCGCCAGUGGUGUUGCCACUAAUAAUCACCAGUACCACUCUGUUCAACCAUCUUCAACUCAUGUUCAAACACCACCUCCAAAACCAGACUCAAAUCCAAAACCCACUGUCACUACCCAGAAUGUCAAAACAGUUCACAAAACAGACACAACCAUAUUAGGUAAACCCUUUGAUGAUAUAAAGAAACAUUACACUUUAGGUCAAGAAUUAGGUAGAGGGCAAUUUGGGAUUACUUAUUUUUGCACUGAGAAUUCAACUGGCAACACUUAUGCUUGCAAAUCAAUAUUAAAGAGGAAACUUGUGUCUAAAUCUGAUAGAGAAGAUAUUAAGAGAGAGAUUCAGAUUCUUCAGCAUUUGUCUGGUCAACCAAACAUUGUUGAAUUCAAAGGUGCUUAUGAGGAUAGAUUCUCUGUGCAUCUUGUCAUGGAACUUUGUGCUGGUGGAGAGUUAUUUGAUAGAAUCAUUGCUCAAGGUCACUAUUCAGAGAGAGCUGCUGCAUCCAUUUGUAGGGCUGUUGUUAAUGUUGUGCAUAUUUGUCAUUUCAUGGGUGUUUUGCAUCGCGAUUUGAAGCCCGAGAAUUUCUUGCUCUCUAGUAAGGAUGAAGGAGCAACACUUAAAGCUACUGAUUUUGGACUUUCUGUUUUCAUUGAAGAAGGAAAGGUUUAUCGCGAUAUGGUAGGCAGUGCUUACUACGUUGCUCCUGAGGUACUGCGUCGUAGUUAUGGAAAGGAAAUUGACAUUUGGAGUGCAGGCAUCAUCUUGUAUAUUCUCCUUAGUGGUGUACCACCUUUUUGGGCUGAAACUGAAAAGGGAAUAUUUAAUGCCAUACUGGAAGGAGAACUUGACUUUGCUAGUGAACCAUGGCCAUCAAUAUCAGACAGUGCUAAAGAUCUAGUCAGGAAGAUGCUUAAUCAGGAUCCAAAGAAGAGGAUUACUUCUGCACAAGUCCUUGAACACCCGUGGAUGAGAGAAGGUGGAGAGGCCUCUGAUAAACCGAUUGAUAGUGCAGUUCUUUCUAGAAUGAAACAAUUCAGGGCAAUGAAUAAGCUCAAGAAGCUUGCAUUGAAGAUUAUUGCUGAAAAUCUAUCAGAAGAGGAGAUUAAAGGUCUCAAGGCAAUGUUUGCAAAUAUGGACACUGACAAUAGUGGUACCAUCACCUAUGAAGAAUUGAAGACUGGCUUGGCUCGAAUCGGAUCACGGUUGUCUGAGACCGAAGUGAAGCAACUUAUGGAGCUGGCUGAUGUUGAUGGAAAUGGGUCGAUUGACUAUCUUGAAUUCAUAUCGGCUACAAUGCAUAGGCACAGACUUGAACGGGAUGAACACCUUUACAAAGCAUUCCAGUAUUUUGAUAAGGACAACAGUGGGCAUAUUACUAGAGAAGAAUUGGAGACUGCCAUGACACAGCAUGGAAUGGGUGAUGAAGCAACAAUAAAGGACAUAAUUUCUGAGGUGGAUACAGAUCAUGAUGGGAGAAUAAACUAUGAGGAAUUUUGUGCAAUGAUGAGAAGCGGAAUGCCACCAGGGACCACUAUUAUAAAUCUACAGAGUGAAUUCGAUUUCAUAUGUUCAUGCAAUUCAUUAUGAAAGCCAUUUGGUUGAGAGACUUAUUGUAUCCCAGAAUAUGCAAGACACUUUGAGGUUCUUUGAAAUCCCAAUUCUCGUAGCAAGGUUGUUUUCGUACGCAUGGUGCUGAAAAUGAUUGAUUGCUUGAAGUAAUGUUAUGCUUAUGCAUUUCUUUGUACAUUUAAUUUCCGUCAGCUGUCACAUUUUCCAAGUGGCUUGAGCCCUUGAUUUUUAUGUUCAAAUGCUGACCGUGAUAUUAUAGAGUUAUCCUUUUAGUUAUGGCAGAGGAAAGAAUAAUCACUGGAGGAAUUUGAUUUCAUUUACCUGUAAUGUAUGAGGAAUUGCAAACUUAAGUCUUUAGUUUCCAUAAUGUAUUGAUAAUCUAUUGUGCAAGUGCUAGAUUAGUAGUUUUCCUCCUUUUCUGCCAAGAGCUUUUCUUUGUAAGUCAGGAUCAUGCUCGCUUAUUUGGAAGCAAGUUAUAUGACUGAGAUUAUAUA